UAUCUGCUUAUUUCAUUCUCUGUUUUCUAGGUGCCCCAGUUCUAUUUAUGGCUCCUUGGGUGGCUGUCAAGUAUACAUAUGAAAAUGAUCAGUGCUGGACCAUAAAUAUCAACAUGGGAUACUGGUGGAUCCUGCGGUCACCGGUGCUUCUUGCAAUAACGAUCAACUUUUUAAUAUUCAUGCGGAUAAUUCAGAUUCUGUUGUCGAAGAUGCGAGCUCAUCAGAUGAGGUACACAGACUAUAAACUCAGGCUGGCAAGAUCCACGCUCACACUCAUCCCUCUGCUGGGCAUUCAUGAAGUGGUGUUUGCGCUGGUCACCGAUGAGACUGCACUCGGAACCCUAAGACUA